AAAAUCAUAAACGUGAAUAGAGCAAAAUAUGUGAACGCUGAAAUCAAUAUUAUGUUUCAAUUACAUCUUUAUUACGUUAUAAAACAUUUGCUUCAAAAUUUUUGAUGUCGCAAAUUAUUGAGAAUAAAUUUUUAGCAAAAUAUUCGAGUCAAUUUGCAGUAUCGAAAAAUUUAUAAGAACGAUGUAUAAAGUUUUUAUUAGUUUUCUUAAAUAUAUUUUGUUAUAUACGUUUUUUACAACUGUAAAAUGUGAAAACACUCCAAGUCCAAUUUUAAAAGCAGCAGAUUUUUAUUGGAUCGAUUAUACUGUUAUUGGACUGGCUUGUUUUUUUUCAAUAUUUUUUCCAGUGACUAUAUUACGCUUUAGAAAAGAUCUGAACGGUUGCAGAAUGUUUUCACUAUGGUCGUAUUUUAGUAUGGUAAUACUUAUUUUCUUAGUUGUUGCUAUGGCUUUAUUCAGACUUCAACCGUUGUUUGGAACUAUAAACAUAAUUGCGGCAGUUUUAAUAUUAUUUUUUUACUUGUUCAUACUUCUGAAGGCGCAGUAUUGUAAAGAAAAAAGAUAUCUUGGAUAUUCAAAGAACAAUAAUGAAAGAGAUAGCUGUUUAAAUAUGAUCUAUGAGAAUAAUCCUCAAAUUAUUUUGAAAGUUGUAUGCUACCAUUAUGAUUAUUUUCUUGGAGGAGAAUCUGUUAUCACCCAUACUGAACAUCUAAACUUUGAUUACAAAAGUUGUCGAGACGUAUCAGAUCGUAAUCAAAUUUUGUCUGCUCAAAAAAGCAUUACGCAAAUAAAACUAUCAAAAGUGCUAUCUUUUAGAGACGAACAAACAAGCAAAAAGUUCCUAGAACUUCGAUCAAGUUUGGUCGAGAGAAACAAAAAUAAAGAUUUAUAUUUUAGUUACAAAGAAGAAAUUAGAUUUCCCGGCUUUAAAGACAAAGUUAAAAGCUUCAAUGCACCUUGGCCGUUUUGGAUGAACAAGUUUUAUUUUCAGCUUGCUCAUUUUUUAGCAUUAUCAUGGCCUUAUAGAUGGCUACUAAACAAAAAUGUUAACAAUAUCAAUCAUUUAAUCAAUAAAGAAAUUUCUAUUUUUGAAAAUACACAAAUUUCAUUGAGCGUUCCGGAGCAAGUAAAUACUUUUAACCAACCGUUCCAAAACGAAACAUGUCUAUAAUUUGAAGGCAAUGUGUAAAAAGUGUUAACUUUUUUAUGUUGGUGACUAAAGUUUGACUAAGUUUUUUUUUUACGUUCAUUUUUUUAUUUUUAUUAUUUUUAUAAUUUUUUAAUUUUUUAUAAGUAAUAUUAAAUUUGACUUAAAUAAGAACAAAAGUAAACAAAACUAUAUUUAUUAACUACACCUCACAAUUACCAUAAAGCUUAAGGUAAGUUUACUUCGAUAGGACUGAUUAGUUAUAUUUAUGGAUGUAUGGUUUUCUGUUUAAAAGUUUUUAAAAUUGAACAUUUUAACCCAAUAAAACUUAGUUAUAUUUUAUAUUUAAAUCUUUUAACUUUGAUUUAGUUUAAGAAUAUUGUGAUUAUUUUAUUUCGUGAUCUGGCUAUUUGCAAUACUGACGCCCUUAUAAUUUCACAAAGGAUUCAUGGUCAACCAGGUUUACCUUUUUUGAUUUUUUUUCGAGAAACUUAUGGAAACAAGAACAUUUUUCUGCACAUGGUAAUGGCCUAAUGGUUCAAUACUAGAACUUGAAUCACUAUUUGAAUUUUCUUAUUGUCAAGGCUGUUGUUUAAAGAAUAGAAAUUUUUAAUUCUUUUGAAA